AUGAGGGCAUCUCAACCGUUGCGGGGACUUGCCCUCGCAGCUCUAGGGCUUUUCCUCCUUUCGAUGGCUGCCUUCAUCUAUUUCCUCAGUCCUGGAGAUUCCACCCUGGAUCAGAAGAUUCGACAUAGCAUUGUGAAUGACUGUACGCACAUGAACGGCUGGAUGCCGAAGGAUCCAACCUGCAUGGAAGAAAGAACAGCGACCGCUGGAAAAUGCUGUCCCGCUGAUAAUGAUGAUCAUAGUGCCCUUAUGUUCACACCGGGCGGGCUGCCAUGCUGUGUCGCGGGGGUUGCGAAGAAGCAGAGCGCUCAAGUCACCAGACGAGUCUUGAAGGGCAGCCUCCAACAGCUGUUUGGUCUGCCUCCCUUUCAGAAUUCUGGUCCACCUUGGCACCUUGCUCCGAUCGUUAUCAACUACAAGUAUGAGCCUGCAAAGCGGAAGGACCCUCCCACGCAAGCGCUUCAGGUUGACAAAUCGGAUGAUAACUCCACGUUUGCUCCAGGAUAUCCUGAGAUCCCUAGUAGCCCCGACGAUAUUCUGCUGUACCCCAGGAGAGCUGCUUCAGUCUGGGUGCAUGCAGGCAUGAAUGAUGCACCAGGAACGACCUUGGAUCAACAGCGGAUCGCGUUAAAUCUUCUGCAGCCUGAGAUCGAAAGAAAGCAGAAAGAUCUCGAGAUGGAAUUUCAUGCUGCUCAAACGGGUCUUUCAAAUUUCACCAACUCAGAAAACGUGUCGGUACAUGUGGUAAAUGCGCCUUUGGCUGUGUACUCCGUGAUGCAAAGAAGCAAGGCGAUGAUUGAUGAAAUCAAGAAUUGGAGCUCGGACAAUCGGAAUCGUGGAGAGGAAAAGAAUCUUACAAGUGUUGAUGGGGACAAUUCACAGGAAGCGGCGACCUCGGAACGCUCUGAUCAAUCUUUCCUGAAAGAUGCUGACUCUCAAAGAAGUCUUGAUCAGAUCCUGAAAAGUUUCCAUGAUGUGAGAUAUCAUGGUAUGACUUACGUGCCUGUUUUCAUACCGGACUCACAGAGAAAAAGUGUUCAUGACUCCCCACAGCCAUCAGAUUCGAAACCUUUGGCUCGUCCUCAGAUGAGAUUGCAGAGAUCCACAAAGGGAAUGAAAGAUCGACAAAUUCAUCAAAGGGUCAAGAAUAUUGUGCAGAGGUUGAAACGAAGUUUGAAUCCAGUGCAGCAAAGUACAGCAAAGCCGAAACCAUUAAAGGUGCUAAGCACGCUGACGGCUUCAGAAGCGGAGAAAAUACAUGAAAUUGCCGAAAAAUUGCAGAAAUCAAGCAAGCAGGAUGCGUUUCGAAGUGCCGUGCAUAAUCUUGAAAAAGCUGAAAAUGAUCUGGUCUCAGCCAUGACACAGAAUCACGUAUUUCACAAGCAGCUCGUCACCCAUCUCAAACGCUCUGCCGCUCCUCGGAUGCCCUCGCCUCCAUCCAUCACCGCCUCGACUCUACAUCAUGCCCACAAGGUGAACAUGCUUGAAGGAGAUGAGCAGAACAAUCAGGACGAGGACAAAGAUCAGAGCCAAAGCGAUGAGACACCGCGAAUGUACCCUGAAGACGAACAUGUCGGAUCCUGGUACCAGUAUGAUAGAAACAGACACCUCAAGCGCCUUGCCCUCGAGUUCUGCCAUGGCCAAUUUGUGACCAGACAUGAAGUCAUGUUCUGUCUCAGAAAUUUGCUUCGCUCUCCUGACAAGACAAAACAAGAAGCAUCGCUAAGAAACGACGAGGCCUUCUUACUGGGAAAAGAGUCAUGA